AAGGGCUGGAGAAGGGCAAAUCAAAAUAUCAGAGCACUACACCAAGGAGUAGAUAACACACGAACUUUAGUGCAAUAGAUAAUGGCGGGAGCAGCCGUGAGCCCUAAUCCAUUUCCUCCUUCCCCCUCCUUUCUUCCAUCCAUCAAGCCCAGGGUGAUCAUACUCGGUGGAACCGGCCGAGUCGGCGCGUCCACUGCCGCCGCGCUUUCUCGACUCUGCCCUUCUGCUCAUCUUGUCGUGGCCGGAAGAAACCGGGAGAAGGGAGCUGCUAUUGCUUCUAAGCUCGGGGAGAACGCCGAGUUUGUCUGGGUGAACGUUGAUGACAUCUAUAGCAUACAAGCCGCUUUAGAAGGCAUGGAUCUUGUUGUUCAUUCUGCUGGUCCUUUUCAACAAGAAGAGAAGUGCAAUGUUCUAGAAGCUGCUAUUUUCUCUAAGACGACAUAUUUAGAUGUAUGUGAUGAUACUAACUAUGCAUGGAAGGCCAAAUCUUUCCACGAAAAAGCUGUAGCCGCUGGUGUUACUGCUCUGACAACUUCUGGAAUCUAUCCUGGAGUAAGCAAUGUAAUGGCAGCUGAGCUUGUUCGUAUGGCCAGAAGUGAUAAUAUUGGUGAACCAGAAAGACUAAGAUUUUUUUACUACACCGCAGGUUCUGGUGGUGCUGGGCCGACAAUAUUGGCUACUAGUUUUUUGCUUCUUGGAGAAGAUGUCUUGGCAUAUAAUAAUGGCAAACAAAUUAAAUUAAAGCCUUACAGUGGUAUGCUGACUAUUGACUUUGGAAAAGGGGUCGGCAAAAAAGAUGUAUUCUUGCUGAACUUGCCUGAAGUUAGGAGCGCUCAUGAGAUCUUAGGAGUACCUACUGUCAGUGCUCGCUUUGGUACAGCUCCGUUCUUCUGGAAUUGGGGAAUGGAAGCUUUAGCAAGUAUUGUUCCUGCUAAUAUUCUUAGAGAUAAGAUGAAAGUGGGUCAGUUGGUUCGAUUAUUUGAUCCUUUUGUACGUGCCAUUGAUGGCAUUGCAGGAGAACGUGUAUCAAUGAGGGUGGACCUCGAUUGCACCAACGGACGGAGUACUCUUGGAUUGUUUACUCACAAACAACUCUCCGUAUCUGUGGGGAACGCAACCGCUGCAUUUGCCAUGGCACUUCUGGAGGGCGGCACACAGCCUGGUGUUUGGUUCCCAGAACAGCCUGAGGGAAUAGCCGUGGAGGCUAGAGGGAAACUACUUGAGCGAGCAGCUGAGGGAACUUCCAACUUCGUGAUGAACAAGCAGCCUUGGAUGGUGGAAACUAAUCCAAAGGAGGUUGGAUUGGGAAUUUAUCUUUGAGGAUGAUUGUCUCAUUAUCGAUGGAGUUUGAAUCUGUCAAUUAAUUUUCGCUAGAUCAAAUUUAUGCUAAGCUGCAAGGAAGAGCAAGGAAGCAAUAAAUAAGAGAACAAUUAAGGAUUUUGUUAUGACUACUAAGAAAGUAUAGUAUUGAGCAAAUAAUUCGAAUGUGUCAUGAUGUUAUUCUCUGCCCUUUUAUAUAUAGAAUAAGAGAGUUGUGAUUAACUUGAGAUGUUGCUCUGAAGUUGCAAAGCAUGUAAUCCUUGAUUUCAUUUAUGAUCGAUUUUGAAUGUUUGAAGGAAUUUGUAUUUGCCUUCUAAGCUGACUUGGAAUUUGAGAAGUCAAAGAUUGUCGAGAGUAUCACCGAGCUCUAUCUUUUUUGGUGAUAUAAAAAGAAUUCAUAUCGGUGAUGA